CUCCUCCGCCCCAACGCGGGAGGCCAGGACUGUCCCUGAGAUUUGAGGGGCGCCGAGACGGAGGGUCUGGCGGCCCCAGGGACUAGCCAAGGACGGGGCUCCGGCCCGGGAGCUGCUGGAACAUGCGCCCGGAGCCGCAGUUUGUUUGACAGUUACCAGACUAUGUUUACACUUCUGGUUCUACUCAGCCAGCUGCCCGCAGUUACCCUCGCGUUUCCUCAUUGCACAAGGAGUCCGAAGGAGUCCGGGCAUGCUGGAGAAGAAGUCUUCACAGCAAAAAAAGAAGCAAAUCUUUUCAUACAUAGACACCUGCUGUAUAAUAGAUUUGAUUUGGAGCUCUUUACUCCCGGUGACCUAGAAAGAGAAUGCAUAGAAGAACUUUGUAAUUAUGAAGAAGCCAGAGAAAUUUUUGUGGAUGAAGAUAAAACGAUGGCAUUCUGGAAAGAAUAUUCGGUCAAAGGACCAACCACAAAAUCAGAUGCUAACAGAGAGAAAGUUGAUGUCAUGGGCCUUCUGACUGGAUUAAUUGCUGCUGGAGUGUUUUUGGUUAUUUUUGGUUUACUUGGUUACUAUCUUUGUAUCACCAAGUGUAACAGACAACAAUAUCCCAGUUCUUCAGCCGCCUACAUAAGAACGGGCAGGCAUACUCCCUCCAUCAUUUUCAGAAGACCCGAGGAGGCUGCCUUGACUCUGUCACCCCCUACAAUGGAGGACACAGGAUUACCUUCUUAUGAACAGGCAGUGGCACUGACCAGAAAACACAAUGUUUCCCCACCACCACCAUAUCCUGGUCCAACAAGAGGGUUUCAAGUGUUUAAAAAGUCUAUGUCGCUCCCAUCUCACUAAGCCCGCCACAGUUGUGUAGGAAAUUCCUGUUAUUUGAAUGGUUCGUUUUCCCUGGAUCAAAGAGACAUGAAGAGACUUCAGCCCUUAAUGACAAACUGCAAGGAGCAAAGGAAGAAUAAAGCACCUGUGUAGGACGCCACAGCAGUUCUGUUGUCAUCUCGCACCUGAACUUGGUCAUUAUCAGCUUGAUAAGAAUCUUAUCAUUACCAGUUUGAUAAGAAACUUGGACUCCAUCUCCUUGCAGUAAAGAAGAGAGCACUUUUUUUUGUUUAUUUUCAUGAUUCAGAAAGUCUGUGUUAUGGAUGUCAUCGCUAGAACUUGUGAACUAUCCUUUGUACAGAUAAAGGUUGUAGAUUUCUUGUGUUGACUAUAAAAAAAAAAAAGAAUUUCUGAUCAUUAGAUUAUCUGAAGCCAGAAUAUUGGAUCCACUCUUUAUUAGGAUUUCUUGUUGGUUGGAAAUACAUCAUAAAACCAGACACUUCGAUACAAACUGGUGACCUCCGUAUAAUCACUUGGUUUUGCAUUUUAAAUUAUUGCAUAGCAUUCACCAUUUUGUGUAGGUUUCAGUUGUUAACAGUUGCUGCCAGUCAUGUUUUUUUAUGAGAGUGGAUUAAAAAGUCACUUGCUUGGGAGUUAGUUCUUCAGAGGGUACAGAGUUACAAUGACAAGGAUUUGCAAAGGUUGUUAUACUAUCAAAUCUAUAGGCUUCAAAUCUAGGAGUCACUAGAACUUGAUAAAACUGCCCAUGCUACUGAAGUGUAUGCACAUCCAUUUUCAUGGCUAAAUUAUCUGUAUAUAACUACAUAUAAUUAUUUAUCUUGAAAAUGUGUUGGAGUUAAUAAAUAAUAGUUCAAGAACCUAGAAAAAUUAAUUUACUCAUCUGCUAUUAAAAUAAUACUGACUAAAGUUUCCAGCAACCCCUUGUACCUCUUAAUGUCUGGACCUAAAACCCCGCAAGUAAUCAUUUCAACUUAAACUAUCUCUUCUAAUUGUAUAUAUGACCAAUCUUCCUUAAGAAUGUAGUAGAAUAUAAGCUAUAAACUUCUGUAGUGAGUGUGUUUGCACACAUUUAUGUGAGUGGGUGUGGAUGUAGAUGUGAAUUGUUUUCUCAAAUAUAUACUUUACUCUUGAGAAUAAAAUUGAAUAUUCUGUUCUUGUUGUUUUGCUAGACAUUGCAUUUUCCUAUUAUUUAAGACCAUUUUUAAAAUUGUAUUUGUUUUAUAAUUUUUACAGAAGUGAGAUUAAAACCCACAUGUAUUUGGUAAUUCCUUCCAAUUAAAUGUUUAGAAAGUAUAAAUUGUUACAAUGUA